AUGGGAGAUGGUGAGAUGGAAUGUUUCGGCCCGGCGGCCGUCUACCUCCGGAAGCCGGAAAAAGAGAGGAUUGAGGCUCAGAACAGACCUUUUGAUGCCAAAACAGCAGUUUUUGUGGUCGAUACUGCUGAGAUGUACGUUAAGGGUACACUGAAGAGUAAAGAGGGUGGCAAAGCCACUGUCGAAACUCUGGACAAGAAAACUGUCACAGUGAAGGAAGAUGAUGUCCAUCCCAUGAAUCCCCCCAAAUUUGAUAAAAUUGAGGACAUGGUCAUGAUGACCCACCUCAAUGAACCUGCUGUGCUGUAUAACCUCAAAGAGCGUUACGCAGCAUGGAUGAUCUACACCUACUCAGGGUUGUUCUGCGUCACUGUGAAUCCCUACAAGUGGCUCCCAGUGUACGACGCUGUAGUUGUAGCUGGAUACAGAGGCAAAAAGAGGAUUGAAGCCCCACCUCACAUCUUCUCCAUCUCUGAUAACGCCUAUCAGUUCAUGCUCACUGAUCGUGAGAACCAGUCAGUCCUAAUUACGUAA